UAUUUGGCUCAUAAAUGUGAAAAGAUUUUUAAAAAUUUUCCUUAUUAUCGCGUAAAGGACUCAUUAAUUAAGCAGCAUGGCUAAUGAUUACGUUACUAUCCAUAAUGGAAUCAAUUAUGCAGAAUCACUGCCAAUGGAGAUUAUCGUGAAAAUAUUUCAAUACUUACAUCCAAUUGAUCGUCAUUAUGCGAGUUUGGCAUGUAAAAGAUUCUUGGAAGCAAGUGAACAUUAUCGAUUUAUUGAUGAUACCAAAAUCAACUUUUGUAAAAUCACAUUUAGCGACCAUUUUACACCUGCUAGAGAGUUCCUUAAAAGUUUUAGAUGCUUCCCGAAUGUCCAAUUUACAGAAGUGGAAUUUAACGAUUGUGGACGAUUCUUUCAGAAAUAUGGAGAUGAUAUUUACAGCUUAUCAAUCAUAUCCUGUGACAUUUCAGAGAAAAAAUUGUCAUCGAUUCUGUCAGAGACGAAGAAUUUGACAUAUUUAAAAAUAAGGAAAUGUAGCGACUUGUUCAUCAGUGGACGGCUUUUUAGCGACAUGAAUAUCGUGUUGGAAAAUGUUACACAACUUUCUCUGCCUGAAAAUCGACACUUAACUGAUCUUUUAUUUAAUCGUAUCACAUCAGUUAUGCCUAAUUUAUCAUCACUUGAUUUAAGCCAUAAUACAAUUUCAUUUCAUAAAGGAUUAUUUAAAAAAUAUUAUCCAGGAAAUCAUGACGAGGAACUGACUGGUUCCAAAACAGUCCUUACAUCCCAUUUCAUACAGAAAUUCUUUAGAGAGCGUGCUGGUAAAAUUAAGGAACUGAAUUUUAAUUCAACAUUAAUUGAUGGAAAUGCUUUACAAGCUAUAGCAGAAAUUGAGGAACUAGACCUUAGCAGCUUAUAUUUAAGAUCAUGCGAUCAAUUGACAAAUGAAGGAAUAAUAGGCCUCGUUACAGCACAACAGAAUUUACAAGUUUUAGAUCUGUCAUUGACAGUUCGAUUGACAGACUUAGCAUUAAUCCAUAUUUGUGAUACUUUAAGGAACUUGAAGCAGCUUAAAGUUAGAAGAUGUCGUGCAUUAACAGAUAUAGCUAUAAAGAUGGUUACUAAUAUGCCGUUCCUUGAAGUUCUUGACAUUUCUGAAUGUGAGGCUAUUACAAGCUCCGGGAUAUUAGAAGGAAUUGCCAAAGAACGUAAUGAAGUGUUGCUUGAACUUUAUUUAUCAGCACUAAACAUUUCAGAAGCAGCCAUAAUUAAAGUAGCUGAAAAUAUCCCAAAUUUAAGAGUUUUGGAUCUAAGUUACUGCAUUAAUCAUGUCAAUGACGUCUGUGUCCAAAUGAUUCUAAAACAUUUAACAUUUUUACGUGAAUUAGACUUGAGAUUAUGUGAGAGGAUAUCCGAUGCUGGAUUAACUGGCAUGUCAAUGGAAGCAAAAUUAAAUGAAGUUAAUAAGGAAGUGACAGAAGUGGAAAGAAAAUCAGACCCAAUUAUUUCGGGAAGUAUUUAUUGCCCAGAACCACUUCGUCCACAAAAUCCAAUAAGGAUAUCACUUAAAUCGAAAGCAGAGCAAGAGAUUGUUGAGGAUGCAAUGAGGAAGAAGGCAAUGCUGCAAUUAGCUAUGGGAAUAAAUUUACAGGAACAAGCUAGCAGUAAUUAUUCGAUAGCUAGACUGAAGGGAUUAAGAACAUUAAAAUUAGGAAGUUGCAAUAAAGUAUCGGACGUGUCAUUAAUCUACAACUUUAAAUUGGCAGAAUUAAAGGAAAUUGAUUUAAGUAAAUGCCAACAGAUAUCAAUUCAGGGAAUUAAGGAACUAGUAAUCAAUUGUCCAGCUUUAGAAGUUGUUAAUCUAUCAGAAUGUCAUAAUAUCAACGAUAAAUGCAUUGAGCUUAUUUCGAAGAAGUUGACGCGACUAAUUUCUCUUGACAUUUCACGUUGUCAUCAAUUGACUGACUUCUCGCUUGAUUACAUCGCAGUUUAUUGUAAAAGAAUUAGAAAUUUGAGCGUGCAUGGAUGCAAAAACAUGUCAGAUGAGCCUUAUUUGAAGCUAACGAGUCUUGACACUCUCAGGAACGUUUCGAUGAACAAAUUAAAUUCCGAACUGGAACAUCCAUCAAGAAUACCUCGACCACCAAGGCUUCCAGCUUUUUAAGAUGAUCAAUUUUUA